AUGUAUUUCGAGAGGAAAAAUGGUGUACAAAAUGGUGUACAAAAUGGUGUACAAAAUGGUGUACAAAAUGGUGUACAAAAAUGGUGUAAAAAUGGUGAAAAUAACAGUUCACUACUUCUUCCUCGUUCUGUUUCUUCUUCACGAAUAUUAACAAGUUAUAUCAGAUUUCAACAAAAUCUUGAAAUAUCAAAUGUACGAACUUCUCAGAGAAUAUCAUCCUCACAAUCAUCAACCAAAGUUGUAAAGGAUUUGAAAUGUGGGGAAAAUUGGAGAGGCACGGGAAAUAUCCACGAAUUAUGA